GACUUUCCAUUCAGUGUACAAGCAAUUGCACAAGGUUUGGUCAUUCAGUAAUUCACAGCCUGUCCACCUUAAAUCAAGAUCUCUCGGGUUCAAGCUGUUAUGCGAACCAUUGUGCUGUUGGUGUUGUGGGUACUGGGAACAUCACUGGUGUUGUCAGACCCCGACACAGCCGGAGACAAGGCAACCGAAGAGCCUAUUCCAUGUUCUAAGGGAUGCUCCUGUAUGCACGAUGAAUACAGCUUGGAGCUCAACAUGUACUGCAGUGCUCGAAACUUCACACAAGUCCCAUCUGAUAUGCCGCCAUCCGCUCACUCUCUCUGGCUGGAUGGCAACUUAUUCCCCUCGCUCCCAGCAUCGGCUUUUAAGGAUCUUACAAAUCUGGACUUUUUGAAUCUGCAGAGUGGCCAGCUGGCGACUCUUGACCCUCAGGCUUUUAAAGGUCUUCGUUCACUAGCACACAUUCACCUUGAGCGCAAUCGCCUGCGGGCAUUACCGGGUAUUAUCUUCCAGAACACACCUAACCUUGCCUCACUUAGUCUGCAUAACAACCAUCUGAUUCGUGUUGAGGAGAGACUGUUUGCUGGACUUUCAAACAUGUGGCUUCUGAACCUAGGGUGGAACUCACUAGCAGUUUUACCUGAGACAGCAUUCCAGGACCUGACAGGUCUACGAGAGCUUGUUCUAGCAGGGAAUAGACUUGCUUACUUACAACCACAGCUCUUCCAAAAUCUUGCUGAGCUUAAAGAGUUGGAUCUUACUGGAAAUUAUCUCAAAGUCAUCAAGGCUAACGUGUUUGUUAAACUCACUAAACUACAAAAGCUUUACCUGGCCCAAAACCAGAUCGUGACAGUUGUUCCCAGAGCCUUUGUAGGCAUGAGGUCGCUCAGAUGGCUGGAUCUCACAAACAACAGACUGACUGCACUUCACGACGACACUUUCUUGGGCCUGCACAGUCUUCAUGUGCUGCGUCUUUCCAACAACUCUAUCACUGGAAUUAGGCCCAGGACUUUCCGCGAUCUGCAGUACCUGGAAGAACUACGACUCAGCUACAACAGGAUCAGAGCCCUGGGCGAGAGGAUCUUUGAAGGCCUUAGUCAUCUUGAGGUCCUAGAGCUAGAGCAUAAUAACUUGCAGGAGGCACAAGUUGGUAGUUUCACAGGCCUGUCUCAUGUGGCUGUUAUCAACCUGUCCGGAAGCUGCUUCCUCAGUCUACCGGACCAGAUGUUCAAGGGCCUGUCGAAGCUUCACAGCCUUCAUCUAGACAGAGGCUGUCUAACAAGAAUCACAACUCAAGCAUUCACUGGACUGUCUGGUGUACGGAGGCUUUUCUUGCAACACAACAACAUCUCUACAGUGGAACGCCAGAGCUUUGUGGACCUGGUAGGCCUACUGGGACUAGACUUGAGUUAUAACAAGUUGGAGGUUCUCCCAACCAACACAUUUUCUGGUCUAAAGAAUUUGGAGUACUUGCUAUUGUCCAACAAUGAAUGUCGACAGUUUUUGCAAAAUGGCACAAAGCAGUUACUUCCAAGGCUGCGCUAUCUAGACCUGAGAGCUAAUGCCUUGACAAGCAUGGUACCUGAUUUCUCAGAGAAUAUGGAAAAACUUUUGUUGUCUGGGAACCGGUGGAAAUGUGACUGCGGUGCCCUCCCACUCAGAAACUACAGCUUGAGGAAUCCACUGGUGAUACCUCGGCAAGUGGAGACCCACGCAGAGAGUGAAGAGCCUGACACUACUAUCACCAUAUACAACAACAUUACAUGCACCAGCCCACCACAUCUAGCUGGUAUGGACCUACGGGAUAUUGACAAUGAAGUCUUCCAAACCUGCUAAGCAGACACAAACAUACAUGAUUACAUAAUUGAGUGGUACACAGGACAGAGUAUUGCAGUAUUGUCAGAUAAUAUUUUUAAUAAUGUAACUAAAUGUUUCAAAUUUCAAGUUCAAAACUGUAAUACUGAUGUAAGAUUCAGUUUCAUAUUUCACGUUGACUAUUAACAGAAAAAUUGCUGUCAUCAUCUUUACAGAAAAUAUGUUUCAAAACAUACACUUAAAGGAUGCUAAGAUGUUUUUCAUUUUAAAAAACAACAACAACCGACCACUUUUAAUUUCCUUCUGUUUUAUGGAGUUUUGCGUUAAUAGUGACUGUGUAAUUGUGGGAAAAUGCGACUAUAGUGGGUAAACUGCCACCUCUUUAAAGAAAAUAGAAUUUUAUUCAAUCCUCAAAAAAUACUUUGAGAAAAUUCAAUUUAUACUGACAUUAGAGAGUAAGAGGGACUGUAUAUAUCUUAGUUUAGGGAUUUGAUCUCUUAAUAUGGAGACAGUUUUGCAUAUAUAUGCAAGUAUAUAAAAAAAACAAUGAAUGGAUUUAAAUGUGAUAUAUUUUAAUAUAUUUUAAAAUGUAUUCUAUUCCUCUAUAUGCUAUCAUGUAUAAACCAUUUGGACCUCCCUUCAUGCUCUUUAACACACAAAGUAUCAAAUUUACAUUGUUACAGAAUGCCACUUUCAUUGCUGUGAUCAUGAGCAUUUUAGGACAGUGAAAAUUGUGAUAACAAGAAAGAAAACUGGAAUAGACCAGUAAUCUGAAAUGGAUGGAUGAAAUGGUUAAUGUUAAUAAGAGGAACAAAACUAAAAUGGCAAAUUUAAGACAUCAAGGCAUAAUAAAUGAUAAUUUAUGUGACGGGUGGAUGUCCAAAAGGUUUGGCAAAAAAUUACAGACAGGAGGAAUUACGAAUUUGUGUACAGCUGGUGUCUUCAUGAAAUGCUUGUUACUUUUAAGUAGUUUGAACUGUUAGGAAAUUGUCUAAAAAGUGCAAUAAAUUGAUUGAAACAUG